CCCGUGGCUGGUUUUCCUUCAACAAAGGUCACUCCUUUGGCUCUUUUGUUUCUCUUUUUAACCUUCACUGAUGCCAAGGAAAUCUUGGUCGGCGGCAAAACGGACGCUCGGAAGAUCCCAUCUUCUGAAUCAAAUUCCCUCAACAAAUGGGCUGAAAAAGCUCGUUUUCGCAUCGGCGACUCUCUCUUUUCGUUUCUGGUCUUGGUGUUUAUUAAUAAAACAGUGUGGAAAUACGAUGGCGGCAAAGACUCGGUGCUGCAAGUGACGAAGGAGGCUUACGUGAGCUGCAACACCUCGAAGCCACUAGCGGAGUACAAAGAUGGAGACACCAAGGUGGAGUUUCAAAGGUCUGGACCAUUUUUCUUCAUCAGCGGAGCAAAGGGUCACUGCGAGCAAGGCCAGAAGAUGGUUGUGGUGGUGCUGUCUCAAAAGCAUAGGAGCAUUGGAAUCUCUCCUGCACCUUCUCCGGCUGAAUUCGAGGGACCUGCCAUUGCUCCGACAAGUGGUGGUGCAGGAUUGAAGGCUGGUUUGUUGGUGACUUUGUUCGGUGCUAUGGUUUUGGGGUUGUUUUGAGAUGUUUUGGGGUUUUGAUUAGAAUAU